GAUGACAACUUUCUUUGGGCGUUGUAUAUUGACAUUCAUUGGAGUCGUGUUAGACGUUUUCACUUCAUCUGUCAAAAUUUCACUAAUUCUAUGAGCGACAAGUAAAUGGAUAUGGAAGCACUAUUGGAAUCAAGCUUUAAAACAUCUUCGGAGACUUCAUAAAAUGGAGGUGGAAAGCUGUUCUAAUCUGUCUGAAACUGUAUGUGAAAGCAGUACUUUUAAAAGUGGAGACCUUGAAAGUUCAAAUGUGAGUAAUACAAGUGUGAUUCCUAAGUCUUCAGGUAGUACAGAAGCAGAUAAACUUUUGGAUAAUGACAACAUAAAAACUGGUAUUGAAAUUUUCAAUGACGAGACAGUUGGAAGUAGUGAUUUGGUGUUUCCUCCAGAAAGCUUAACUGCAGACCCAAUUCUUACAAAUGCUUGUGAUACCAAUAACUUUCAUAUAGGCAAAAAGUCAUUUGCUUGUCCAUAUUGUGGGGAAUUAUAUGACCGAAAAUGUAAUCUCACACUUCACGUCAGAGGCCACUUUAAAGCCAAGAAAGUGCAUGUAUGUCAACUAUGUAAAAAGACAUUUACCAGAAAAUGCUAUCUUGACAAUCACUUGAAAGCUCAUUCAGGUGAGAAGAAUUUCUCCUGUAAUGAAUGUGGGAAAAAGUUUACUUUUAAGUGGAAUUUGACUGCUCAUACCUUAGUUCAUACUGGAGAGAAACUGUUUAAAUGUGAAUAUUGUGGGAAGCAUUUUGCUCGAAAGCAUGAGUUAAUAGUUCAUAGUCGAUCUCACACAGGGGAGAAAAAAUAUUCAUGUGAACUUUGUGGAAAAUCAUAUGUACAUAACAGUAGUCUGCUUUUGCAUAUCAAAACUCACACAGGGGACAAAAAAUAUGAGUGUGAAAUAUGUAGUAAGAAGUUUGCGCAGAAAUGUCAUCUCCGUGAUCACACAAGAAUGCACACAGGAGAAAAAAAGUUUUCUUGUGAGGAGUGUGGUAAGAAGUUUGUUCAGAAAAGUCACCUCAAUAGCCAUCUCUACACCCAUUCCAAUGGAAAGAAAUUUUCAUGCGAUAUUUGUGCCAAAGAAUUUACACUGAAGUCUUCACUUCUGGCUCAUUCCAAAAUUCAUACAGGAGAGGUGAAUUUCUCUUGUGAACAUUGUGGCAAGAGUUUUUCAAAUAACUAUCGUUUGAAACGUCAUAUAAGAAGCCACAGGGGUGGGAAAGAUUAUAACUGUAAGGUGUGUGGUAGGAGUUUCCAGCGACUACACAGUCUCAGUAUUCAUCUCAAAAUUCAUGAUAAUCCAGGGGAAACAUUUCCUUGUGAGGACUGUGGAAGAGUUUUUCACAGAAAAAUAUUGCUCCAAACUCAUACAAAAGUUCGUUCUGGGGACAAAAAGCUAAUAUGUAAAGUGUGUGGGCAGAGCUUCUUUAGGAAAUGUGAGUUUUUCACUCACAGUAAGACUCAUCCUGGAGAAAAGCCAUAUGGAUGUGCUAAAUGUGGAAAGAAAUUCUUUCAUAAGAGAAGUCUUACAGCACAUGAGAAAAGAGUUCAUAUUGGUAAAAAUAAUUUAAUCACUUGUGAAGAUUGUGGGAAAAAAUUUGCAAAAACUCCUGGUGACCCUGUAGAGAAGACCCAGUGCAGAAAGUGUGAAAAAAAGAAAAUAGACCAUUCCUCAAACUAUCAAAUACCAUUUGUUGGCAUUUUAACAGAAAUUGAGUGUAGUGUCUGUCAAGAAAUAUUCCCAGAUGAAAUGCAAAUGAAAGAGCAUUUUCUUCAAAAUCAUACUGAGUAUGCCACAGGAGAUUCCAUUGAAUCUCAGUCUACCAGACAGUUGGACGAUGAGAAGGCGAAUCCUUUGACCUGUGAACAAAGUAAUGAGUUGUCAGAUUUACAGAUAAAAAAAGAGAAGAUAUCAGAAGAAACUGAACAGACUGUACCGAUUGCUUGCAAUAAUAUUAAAAUAGAAAAGAAUCUGUUAUCUGGCAUAGAGGCUGAGGAGUUGGAAGGUGAUCAUAAUAAUUAUGACACUGUAAAUGAAAGUUUUGUAGCAGUGGAUUUUAUCAAGCAGGAGAAAAGCAGUGAGUGAUGUGGAAGUCCAGUAUUGUUGCCUUGUUUUCAUGUUGAAAUCUGUUUUUCUGCAUUUCAUUACCAAAAUAUUUAACAUUAUAGUCAUGUUAAGAUCAGCAGCUCCUGUAGCAUAUGGUAGAACAUAGAGAUAUGUUACAGUAUGUACAUAUAUGAACAUUAUCGUAGUGCAUUAGAAUAAGUAGUUUUUGUGAAAUGCAAAUGUCUUUUUAUAUACAUGUAUAUCAUCUUCAUUUCUUUAGGCCAUGUUUACAGGUCAUGAAGUUACUAGAGGUAUUAGUGGUUGAUGAGCAGAAAUGCAAGCAUUUUCAGUUGAGGCUAACUUAAGAAUGGAAAUUCUUGGUAAUUUCAUUAUGAACUAGGGGAACUUCUUGUUAGUUUGCUUGAUGGUAUAUAGAUUUUCCACUGAAAACUUUUAUAGAAAAGGAAGAAUAAAUUAAUUUGAUAGAUAAUCUUAAAGAUAGGGUUAGCCUCCCAGUGUAUUUUUUUAAUAUGAAAGGCACAACAAAUAGUUUAAAUUUCUCAAGUUGGAGUCGACUUUACAGUGGUCGCCUUUCAUUCACUAUGUAUUUAGGCUGUAUGUUGAUAACCUAAUUUUAUGUAACCACUGUGGUGUUGAAAAAAUUUCAGGCAGCUUUUGGAUGCAGUCCUGCAAUUUGGCUCUUGAGCAGUAGUAACAUAUAAGAGGACUUACAUGGAUAUAUAUUUGGAUACACAUCACCCAUGAACCAGGCUCACAUUGAAAGAUUUUUCAGAGUAACUUUAAAAUUGUUAAAAGGUUUUAAGUAUCUAAAAAAUUUAAGUUAAUCCAUGGUAUUCAUCUGGUGUGAGAGUUUUGGUAAUAAUAUUGCUGAUUGCAGCACCUUGGUGGUAGAAAAUAAAGAUGACAAAUUUGUGAAGCCUAAGUUGUUCCGACACGGCAUACAAACCUUCGGUCCUUUUACAAUAGGAAGGUACUAGCGGCAGCUGGAUAGGUCGUAAGCUUUCGA